AUGCAGAUCUUUCGCAAAGCUCCCCGGCGAUCAUUUUCAGAUGAGAUCAAGUCCAUUCCCAAGCAAGACAACCGCAACCAGGGCCCCAUGGGAAGCGGCGUCAAGCCCUAUGAGGUUCCUGCACCCAAGCAAGACAUGCCUCCUGCAGGCGGCUUCCCUCCCAUCAACACCAAGCGAAACGUCGGAAAGGAUCUCGCAAUCCCCUCCAUUUUCAUCUUCGGCACUGUAGCAGUAGGGAUGAUGUGGGGAAUGAACCGCCUGGGUCAAGGCAACAAGCAGAGAAGGGCACUCAAGAGGGAGAAGUUAGAUAUGAGAGCAGCACUGUCGCCUUUCCUUCAGGCGGAAGAAGAUAUUGAUUAUGUGAUGAGAGAGGAUCAAAAAUUGAAAUGGGAGGCUGAGGUGAUGAAGGACGUCCCAGGUUGGGUGGUGGGGGAGAACGUGUACCACGGCAAACGCUGGGCUCCUCCCCUCUUCAACGACGUCCAUUGA